GUCAGCUCCCUUAAUAAACAAAGGUCAGCUGGUUUCAGACCAUCAAAGCUGUCACACGGACAGGUGUGGCUCCUGAUGUGGAGAAAGGAAAACGAAACUAAACAUUCCUGGACAGUCAGCUUUUUUUCCGGGGUGGAAUAUUGUCAUUUCAUCAGAUUCCUUCGAGACGUGAACUUGACGUUUGUUAACAGCCAAACAUCGGACCUGAUCCAUCCAGUUUUUAUUUUUCGUUGCGCAGGUAAAGGUGAGACCUCAGUGAGGAGCUGCGCACAACACACGGAGAGCAGGAAGAUGUCUGCGGCGAGAAAGGAGCUGCAGGAGGCCUUGUGCCGCUACACUACAGACACCCUCACCUACAUCCACACAGCGAGAGGAUUCUGUGAGAUGUUCUCUAAAUGGAUGCUCUGGAGGGAGACAGAGGUAGAAAUGAUGGUGGACAUCAAAGACAGAGUUGACACGCUUGACCUAAGCAUCAGCCAUGUUACUAAGUCAGAGGACAAGGGUAAGGCCUUUCUGGAGUACAUGAAGAGCAAGGUGACUGUGAAUGUCGACAGCAAGCGCGCAGAGCUGGAGAACGAGCUGGUCGAAGUGCUGAAGGACACUACAGGCGGCCUGGAGAAUCUCAGCUGCUUCCUGGAUGCAGUGGAGAAGUUGGCAGUGACCUCACUGCACGUGUUCACGGAGAACCAGGUGUUACACCUGCCCGAAGGGAUCAGCCCUAAAUAUGUUCAGGCUGUCAUCGCGGCUGCACGACUAAUCUGCCCCCUGCUGCUCGAGUUUAAAAGAGAUGCAAAUGUCUUCUUCCUCCCCAAACUUCAGAAUGUGGAAGUGCUGGCAUAUCAGCUGGACAGAUACAUGCAGACCUCCAAGAUGAUCUGUGAGAAGUUGGACAAAAGCUGCUUCAGUGACUUUGACCUGAAGAUGUCCGUGGAAACUGUGGUUGACCUUGAUGUGGAUUUGUCCGAGGAUGACAUAAAGAGGAUGCUUGAUCACAUGAAUCUGCUUGAUGAAAUCAGGAUGAACGAGUGCUUCCGGACGGUGUUCCUGUUCCAGGAGGAAUUGUGUCAUGGCUUCAUCAGUGAGUUUGACGAGCGGCAGCCCAGGAUGCUGCAGUUUCUAAACGAGCUGGAAGAGACUGCUGUUCAGUUAGACAGAAUGAGUAAAGGGGCAAAGAUCUCCAGUGUGGCAGGCAGCUCAGUGGGGGCAGUUGGAGGUGUGCUGUCCAUUGUUGGUUUGGCAUUAAUUCCUUUCACAGCAGGAGUGUCUCUAGCUUUAACAAUGACUGGACUUGGGCUGGGAAUCACCAGUGGAGUCAACAGCGCUGUGACCACUGCAACAGAGGUUGGAGUAAAUGCUACACAACGGAAGAAAGCCAGUGAAGUCUUUCAGAACUUUAUGGAAGAUGUACAAAGUCUCCAGGAUUGUGUGCAGGAGGUGACCGAUCAGGCUCUCUCCAAAAUGGAAGCAAGUGACAUAGAUAUAGCUGUGGGAGUAGGCAGGAUUGCAGCUAAUGCUGGUAGUGUUGGAAGGUGUAUUGAUGCUCUUGUUGAUUCUGCCUCUGUAGUUAAAGUGUUAAAAAAUGAAGAGCUGAUCACAAGUGCUGGUAAAGUUGUGGCUGAGGAAGGAAAAGCGUUACGUAAUGCACCCAGGGUGGCCUCAGAUAUCCCAGAUAUUGGUCAGGCAGCAGCCAAAAGCUCCCUGGCUGUCUCUAAGUCAGCAAGAGCAGGUCUCAUUGCACUCAAUGCUCUCUUCCUCGGCAUGGACAUCUUCUUCAUCUGUAAAGACAGCAUCAGUCUGGCUAAAGGCAGCGAGACUGAAGUCUCACAGUUCAUCAGAGCCAGAGCUGCACUUUGGAGCUCGGAGAUGGACUCAUGGCAGAAGAUCCGCGACCUUCUCAAUGAAGGUCUGCCAACAUCAGAAAAAAAGAAAGCCGUCCUGGAGACUCCAAUUUAUCUGGAGAUGGAGGUGAAGAAACCGAGUGAAGCAGAAAGGGUGGAGCCAGCCGCUGAAAGCUGAUGACAAACUGAAAUCAGACAGUUUUGUAGUAAAGUUUGGAUCACUGAUACACACUCACAGUGACGCUCUUUGCUACUGAAACUAUCAUCAGAUUUUAGAUCAGUUUCAUGUGAACAAUGUUUGAGAACUGAACUCAGCUUAUAGCUUUCAGUUCAGCAACAGCAACCAGUGAAGCGUCAUCAUGCUGCCAAGAAGUAACUGAAAAACAGAGAAAUGUCUUCAUUUCAGGGUUGUGAUCCCUGCAUUACAAAGUAUCCUUGGAGAAAAUAGCUACAAUUCAAAAUCUGCUUAAUGUGUAUGAUUUGUACAUAACUCUGCUGCACAUUUACACAGUCAGCUAUAAAAACUCGAUUCAUGAGAUUAUUGAAGCAAGUAUGCAAUCAAAUAUAAAAUUACUUCCAGAUACAGAAUUUUUCUAUAUUUCUAUGUUAUCAAAAACAAACCGAUGAUAUAAAAUUCUGGUGUAUAUGUUUGAGAACUGAUGUCUCUGUUAAGUUUAACUGAAACACUAAUCACAUGUAAUGGACAUGUAAAUAUUAUGUCACAAUUUUGACUUUAUUUGUAAAGUUUUUUCAUUUACUAUCAUGUUUCUCUUU